AUGUCGGUGCUUGACUGUUCCCCUAUUUUUGAGAAGCUGAAGGAGUAUAAGGCUUGUCCUCCUCCUUUAGUAGAGGUUUGGGCCCACGAUAACUGGCAAAGUCCAGAAGCAGUGGCGAGUUAUAUCAGUGUGCUUGCAGGAUUGAAAGGUUCGCGACCAGGCAAAGGAAAAGCUGUAGUGUGUGCUGUAUUAGGGGCAGCACUGACUGCAGCCCAGAAAGAUAAACAUGUUAAGAAACAAUUAGAAAGGGAAAUGAUCGAAUCCCUACAAGAUCUGGGGGAAAAUUUAAGACCAUUAAUUAAAACAGAGACCACUGAGGGUCAGGGUGGAAGAGCUCCGCAGGUCACCACUCGAACUACACCGUACCCAGCAACUGAGCUUGCAACAAUUCAGGAGAAAUACACCAGACAAGCUCAGGAAACUGAGACUGAAUAUGUGUGGAGGGUAUCUUUGACUGGUGACAACCGAAUUUUGUUAUCAGAAGAUGAGGCCCAAGGGUACUGGGGGCCAGGGUUUUUCUUAGUUACUGACGACCAGAGAGAACCGUGGUCGUUAACUCAAUGAGCUGCUUAUUGGGCUGGGAGUCUGGACACCUUGGAAAGGGGGGAUCCGGUAUGUAUUGAGACCCCAACCAUGAAUCAUUUGUCUGAAAGUCUGCAGAAGGCUGCUUGUCCCCAAUUAAUGCAUGACAGGCGUUUGGUUCCGCAGCAGCCUUCCCCGAUGCUAUUAAUUGCUAAUCCCAAUCAAACGUCUCCCCUGAUUCGGGGCUUGCUGGACUCUUUGAAAUCACAUGCAGUACAAUUACAAGAUAGUUUGUGGAUUGCAUUAACCCCACAGAGGGAGAGAUGGGAAAGGGGAGAGCCCAUGACUUGGGGACAGAUAGCUCAGGACUUAAUAAAUUAUGGCCGGAGAAUGGGCCUUACCAGGGGGACGUGCAAACCCAAGCCAUUGGUACUCAGAGUGGAACAGCAGGAAAAUCCAUCUCCUUCCCCUCCACAGGUUUUAAGAGCAAAGAGAAACCUCUUGUGGACUAAGGGAACAAGACAGGGGAUUCCCUGA